AUCUUGAAGUCUCAGGCGUCAUUUGUAACGCGCAAUUUUGUAUAAAUUUACCCCGGGCGAAUUGUUCGGCCCCCGGAAAUUAUUAAAAAGUCAAUUGUUUCAAAUUAUGUCUGCCUCGAAGCGUGUUGACCAGAUUGCAGGCCACCUCAACUACCCCAAGGGUAUGUUGGCUGGCCAAACUGCAAUCAUCACUGGUUCGGGCCAGGGAAUUGGAGCAGAGGCUGCAAGGCUGUUUGCAAAGGAGGGCGCAAAGGUCGUGGUUGCGGAUAUAGAUGCUAAAAAGGCAGAGGCCGUAGUCGCUGGAAUCAAGGAAGCCGGUGGCAGCGCAAUUGCUGUAGUGGGCGACGUGCUCGACGAUGCCUACAUCAAGACACUCAUUGAGAAAGCGGCAGAGUUCGGCGGUGGCAAGAUUCACAUGAUUGUCAACAAUGCUGGAUACACAUGGGAUGGUGUUAUACACAAGAUGACGGACAAGCAAUGGCAGACCAUCGUCGACUUGCACACAACCGCACCAUUCAAGAUUGUAAGAGCUGCGGCGCCAUACUUUAGGGUCAAAGACGGCGAGCCCAGGAACAUCAUCAACAUCUCGAGUACGAGCGGCGUCAAUGGAAAUGCUGGGCAGAUCAACUAUGCAAUGGCAAAGGCCGGUGUAACGGGUAUGACUAAGACCAUUGCCAAAGAAUGGGGUCCUCAAUUCGGCGUCCGCGCAAACACGGUGGCUUUCGGACACAUUAUGACGCGCUUGACGGCAGCAAAGGAGGAAGGCGCUUUUGUCACGACACCCGAUGGUGAAAAGGUAGCGCUGGGUAUACCAUCGAAGCAGAGCGCGGCACCGCCGGGUCAGGAGCACUUGGACAUUCCCUUGAGAAGGCCGGGUUCCGCAACGGAGGCAGCGAGUGCAGUGUUGGCUGUUGCGAGUCCGUUGUUUAGCUAUGUGAAUGGGGAGACGAUCAAGGUUACUGGCGGGAGGAAUAUGUAG